AUGGCUCGAGUUGUUCGUAAUAGCAAAUUUCGUCAUGUCUUUGGACAAGCAAUUAAAAAAGCUGAUUGUUAUGAUGAUAUUCGUAUAACAAAAAGUGCAUGGGAUUCAACAUUUUGCUCUGUUAAUCCAAAAUUUCUUGCUAUUAUAACUGAAUCAGCUGGUGGUGGUGCAUUUCUUGUUUUACCACUUGAUAAAGUUGGACGUGUUGGUCGUAAUGUACCACUUGUUAGUGGUCAUAAAUCAGCUGUACUAGAUAUAGCAUGGUGCCCACAUAAUGAUAAUCUUAUUGCAAGUAGUUCAGAAGAUUGUACGGUUAAAAUUUGGCAAAUACCUGAUGGUGGUAUAACAACAACAUUAACACAACCAACGGUUGAUCUUGUUGCACAUCAACGACGUGUUGGACAAGUAGUUUGGCAUCCAAGUGCACUUAAUGUUUUACUUACUUCCGGAAGUGAUAUGAAAAUUUUUAUUUGGAAUAUUAGUAAAUCAACAAUAUUAUCAACAAUUGAUUGUCAUUCAGAAGUUAUUUUAAGUGUUGCAUGGAAUUAUAAUGGUUCACGUAUUGUUACAUCAUGUAAAGAUAAAAUGUUUCGUGUUAUUAAUCCACGUACGGGUGAAGUUAUUCAAUCAGGUGCAGGACAUCAAGGUGGAAAACCUGCAAAAGCUAUUUAUUUACGUGAUGGACGAAUAUUUUCUACAGGUUUUUCAAGAAUGGCUGAACGACAAUAUGCUGUUUGGGAUGAGAAUAAUUUGAGUGCUCCUUUAACAAUGGUAGAACUUGAUUCAUCAAAUGGAAUUUUAUUUCCAAUUUAUGAUGAAGAUACUGGUAUUAUUUUUCUAUGUGGAAAGGGUGAUUCAGCGAUUCGAUAUUUUGAAUAUACACCAGAAGCACCUUACAUUCAUUAUCUUAGCACAUAUUUAUCAUCAGAUCCACAACGUGGUAUAGGUUUUAUGCCAAAACGUGGAUUGAAUAUUGCUGCAUGUGAAAUAGCUCGUUUUUAUAAAUUACUUAAUAGUGGUCUUUGUGAAGUAAUUAGUUUUACUGUACCUCGAAAAUCUGAACUUUUUCAAGAUGAUCUUUAUCUGGAUACAGCUGCUGAAGAACAUGCUAUAACUGCUGAUGAAUGGAUUAAUGGAGUAGAUGCUGAUCCAAAAUUGAUACCCAUUCGUGAUCUUUAUAUGGGUCCAAAAUCACCAAUAUUUGACAUUUCUAUUGAACCAAAGCCAGAUGUUGUCAUUGAAAAACCAAAUCCAAGUCCAAAAUCAGUAAAAAAAGAUAUUAAUGUUACAUCUAUUCCCAAUGGUCAUUUUGAUGAUUGUCAAAUAAUAUUAUCCGAUGAUGAAGAUAAAUUAAAAAAUUCCAAUGAAAUAAAUAUUAAAAAAAUAAAAUCCAUUCCAUCAACAUCUGAAAGUCCUUCUCAAUUAUCAUCAUUAAAAAUAAAAUCGCAUAAAUCAACUAAACAAAAUAAAUCUCCAUCAAAACCAAAAAAACAAUUAACAUUAGACGAUAUGAAAUUUACAAAAAAUUCAACAAAUCAUAAUGAUUUAUUAGAAAAAUCAUCUGUAACAACAUAUGAUAUAGUUAUACCACAUUCUUUAUUACAAAAAUUAGAUAAAACACGUCGUGAUCGUGGUAUAGAUUCGAAAUUUUUUCAUCGUCUUAUACUUCAUUGUGCAAGAACAUUAAAUGAUAAACAACGUUUACGUUUACCUGAUGAAUAUCGUACAUUAAUACAAAUAAAAUAUGAUGAACUUGAAUUAAAACGACGUUUAUCACAAAUGAGUGAUGAAGAAAAAAAAUUAUUUCUUCAAACAAAACGUUUAGAACAAAAACCAAUUGAAGAUCUUGAUUUACCAUUAUCAAAAGAUUUACCUUUACCAAAAGAAAUUCAAACAACAUUAAUAUUAUCAUCAAAAUCUAUAAGUGAUUUACUUAUGAUAUGUACAUUUUUAACAUCAUGUCAUUCAUUAUUUUAUUUAUCAUUAAAUGAUGAUAUACCUAAAACAACACAAUUAUAUUUACGUUCAUUUAAAUUUAAUUAUUUACUUAAUACAUCAACAAUAAUAUUUUCAAAUUAUUUUAUUGAAAUUUUACAAAUAUUUAUGAAAUUAUUAUUUAAAGAAGAUGAAAAUCGUUCAAAUAAUGAUGAUGAUGAUGAUGAUAAUAAUGAUGAUAAUCAAAAUGAUGAAAAAAAUGAAGAAAAUUUAAAUAAUCAUCAUCAUAAUGAACAUAUGGAUAUUGAUAAAGAUAUUGAACAAGUUUAUUCAAUUCAAUUAUCUCAUAUACCAUUAACACCAUUUACAUGUCAAGAAUUAACACGUUUAUAUUUAUUAAAAGAAAAAGAUGAUAAUAAUCAUAUUAUAUUAGAUAAAUUAGCUAAUUGUGAAACAAAAGAUUUGUCUAUAUCCGAACAAGUAAGUUGGAUUGGUUCAGAUAUAAAUUAUUCUGUUCAAUCAUCAUCACAAGAUAUAUCAUUUUCUAUGACUGAUGAAAAAUUAAUACCUAAAGAUGAAGGAAAUCAAUGGUUUCUUUAUGAUGAUGAAAAUAUAAUUCAACAAUUAUUACAAUCAUUAAAUGAUCGUGGCAUACGUGAACAUAAUUUAUUUGUCAAUCUUAAAAAAGUUAUGCCAUUUAUUCAUAAUGAAUUUGAACAAACAAAAAAAUCUAAAAAUUCUAUUGAACAACAAGAUGAAAAUAUUGAAACAUCUUAUGAUAUAAUAUCAUCAUUUAAAAGUGAACUUGAAGAUAUUGAAACACGUUUACGUCUUGGUUCAUUAGGUGGUUUUAUUAUAAAUGAAAAUCUUAAUGAAUGGCAAAUAAAAUUAAAACAAUCAAUUGAACGUAUUGAUCUUGCUGAAUUACUUAUACAAUUACAACAAACUGUUGCUGACAAAUAUGCUAUAGGUAUAUUUAAUUUACCUGAUAAAAAAUCUUUACAAAUAUGGAUAAAUGAUUGUCGAACAUGUAAAACAUAUUCACGUUUAUAUGUUUUAAUGAUGAUAUUUGAAAAUUCUAUAACAUGGAAUAAAUCAACACUUGGUAUUAAAUGUAAAAUAUGUCGAAAAAAACAUAAAGAUGAAUAUAUUAUUGUUUGUGAUCAAUGUUGUUAUGGUUUUCAUCAAGAAUGUUUACGUGAUUAUUCAGAUAAUAUAACUAAUUCAACAAAUGAUUUAUGGUAUUGUCCAGCAUGUCGUCCAUCAUCAACAACAAAACGACGUGUUAAACAAGUUAAACAAAAAAUUGAUCAUUAUGAAACUGAUAUUUAUGAUGAUGAUAUGGAAGUUGAAACAACAUCAAAUACAAGUAGUCAUGAACGUAAUAAUCACGAUGUAACCGAUUCUAAUACUGAUAAUGAUGAUGAUAAUGAAAAUGAUGAUAAUAGUGCUGAUGAUGAAGAUCAUAUAUGUUCUAUUUGUAGUGUAGAAAAUGAUUUAAUUCAAUGUACACAAUGUCAUCAAUAUUAUCAUUGUCAAUGUCAUGAACCACCAUUGAGAUGUCCACCAAGAUCAACAACAUGGAUAUGUAAUAAUUGUCGAAAUGGACAUAAUAAUGAAAUAAAUCAUUCAUCACGUCAAUCGAAAACAAAAAAACAAAUUAAAAAAUCGAAAGAAAAAAAUCGAAUAAAAUCACAAAAACAUAAUGAAACACGUCGAAGUGCACGUAAAAAUUAUCGUGAAAUUGAUGAAGAUGAAGAAGAAGAAGAAGAAGAAAGUAAUGAAGAAGAAAAAACAACAACAGCACAGCGACGUUCAAAACGAUUACGACGAUCAGAUCCAUCACCAAUAAAAAAUAUCGAUAACAAUCAAAAUACACGUCGACGAACUCGUAUAGAAAAAUCUAUAACAUCCUCAUCAGAUGAUGAUCAAAUGACAAAUAAUCAUAAUGAAGAUAGUGAUAUAGAAAAAAAUGAAGAUGAAGAAGAAAAUGAGAAUAAUAGCAAUGAUUCUCCGUCCUCAGACUAG